AAAAAAAAAACAGGAAAGUAGUUUUUAAAAAACCUAUCCAAACUAGCUUGUUCCUGUAUAAAUUACAGUACAGAUAUUGACAAGUUGGACUUGAUGAGCACAAAAAAAAGGCUAAAUUAGUUUUUACUUAGAGAACCGAAGCAGGGAACAAAUUAGCUUUGGCUCCAACUGUUGAAGUGUAUUAGCAGGUUUUUCUUUUUCUUUUCUGUAAUUACUCCUCUGAUGUUGUAUCAAGUCUUGCUCUUAUCCCUUAAGGGGGACACAUUUGCUUCCUUAUCUCACAGCUUCUCCUGGCCACCGCUAGCAGCUGAAAUGGUUAAGAAGAUUUGGCAGCUCAGCAGCAACUAGCCACCCGGUGAGGGAGGAACCGGCCUCCGGGGGCCAGAGGCAGGCAGCUCACUUGCCCAGGAUUAAGUGGGAUCGAGAGAGAUUACAGCCCUCUCUCUCUCGUUUCCCCCCUGUUGCUCGAUGAAAGCGUAGGACUCUGUCCACUCUCAGGGGUAUAUAUAUUUUCUCAACGAACUGAUUUAUAGUUUUCUCUUCGAUUGGAGGACGGGGUGGAAGAGGACUUGGAUACCUCAGGUAAGACAUGAUGUUGGUUAGUUGAAGAAGGAAGAGUUGGGUGAAGGCCGCAGGGCAGUAGUUACCCCUUUACUAGCUCCACCUACUUCACAACACUUUACUGACCGAUCUAUCAUCCUAUGUGAGCUACACUUUUCAGGACAGUCGGGCCUGUUGAAGCAGUAACAUCUCCCUAAAGUUGACUCUUCCUUAGAGUUGUGGCUGCCCAUUGUGCAAAUCUAGUUUGCUUUCUCUUGAUUUCUGAUGAACUCUGGUGUGUUGUUCAUCAGUCACAGAUUAUCAUCCGUUUCCACAUCUCUGACAUCAUAAAGCAUGCCAUUAACAUUUGACCCUAUUCAUAGCUGGGACUAUGAGAGCAGAGCUGGGACUACAUGUUCCCGUUUCAUCCCACUGCCGGCCUACACCAUGGAUUGCUCCCUGUUUUAAAGUAGACAAACUUACAGAUUUUUUAAAUAUUCUAAGUCUGCUGCCUUGUAAAAUUAACUUCAUUCUGUAUUGUAGUGUAUGCCUAAAAUACACUUUAUAUGGUAGUGAUGCUAUCAGGGCCACCAGUGGAGGGGGCUGUGUGGUGCCGUUUUGAAGCCACAUUAAUAAACUGGUAUGUAUCAGUAAGGAGUCAAAUUAGUACGAGUCGUCCGCGUUAACAUUUACCAAAUUGACAAAUGUUUUUUGUGUUUAGAUUUUAAAAUACUAUUUCCAAACUGGUGACUGGUUAGAGAUUGUUGUAAGUUAUAUUGUUCAUGUCUAGCAAAUUAUUUAUGCCUAACUCGAUAUUUGUUGCAAACCUCUGUUUUGUCCAUCCAUCCAUCCAUUUUCUGUACACCCUUGUCCCUAAUGGGGUGUCAGUUUUGUUUUUAUUUGAUUUUAGAGCUGCAAUCAUGUGGAGUUCCUUUGGGCCACUUUAUCAAGUAUGACGACAUCUCUGACUUUACCUGAUGACACUCAAGUUUAUAUGUCUGUGUCUCCACAUGACCAAAGUCCCUUGCAAUCACUGAGUACAUGUUUUCUUUUAUAUAAUAAGUUACAGGAUGUCUUUGAGCUUCAGUUUUAUGCAGUAAUUAUUCUGGCAGUAAUUUUGCCCAAAAGCCUGGGCAAAAUUUCCCUAUGAAGGUUCUGUUUUAUUCUAGAUUCCCAGGCAGAUUCAGUUAGCUUUAGCUUAGCAGAAAGACAAUAUAGAAUCAAGAAUUAUGAAAUGGAUUUCUCAAUUAUAGGUAGUUAGGCUUGUGUCUGGGCUAACAAUUUUGAUUUUAAAAAAAGUGUUCAAAGACAAAAAAAACCCAUCAUAAAAUAUAAUAUAAAACCAAUAUAAAAUAAUAUCACUAGGGCUUCAAUCACACGUGGAGUUCCUCAAGACUCUGUUCUUGAGACCUCUUUUUUUGUACUGUAUAUAAAUAUGGCUUAAAACUGCAGGGAAUGUUCAAAAGAUUUCUUGUAUUCUUUUUUUUUCUUUUUUGCAAUUUUGAAUGUAAUUAUCCUAACAAUAACUUUGGCAUUAGGUUUUGUCAAUUUCAUUUCCAUUUCGUAUAUCUUCCUUUCAGAGCUACAACACAUUACAGACUGUAAAUGGGACAAUUUUGAAGGUGCACUAUAGUGCGAUGUCAUGUACCACAUCCAUUUUUAAAAAAAAGGAAUAGCUUAACACACAUUCUGUCUAAAUCAACAAACAUUUUAUGAUAAAAAAAGGAGAGUCUGACCAUAUAUCAAAGAAAUGUUAAAUAACACGAAUCAAAGAAUCUCUCUUUCAGCUCUCUGACUUACAUCCAUUAAUCCCCAGGUUUACCGUCCGUCCUGGUGAUAAGCUAACAGGUGGUCGGGGGUCCAGGGAUCAUGAGGCAGGCGGUGGAGGCUCAGGUCGUAACUCUUCCCUUUGAGCUUGGAGAGCAAGGCCUGCGGCAGAUCCUGUCGGACGUGAUUGAGGAGGUGAGACGCUCUGUUAGUCAGGACAUUGAUGGCGCAGAGGUCCUCCACAGUCUGCUGACCGCCUCCUGGCUCCAGUCGCUGCUUAAGGUGUACGAAUGUCUUCAAAGGUAUCUGACAGACUGCCCAGCUCCAGCUCUGGAUUUUGCUUCAGGACUCUCACUUCAGUUGUUGAUAGACAUCAGAUCGCUCCCAUACUGUUCCGAUGAAGCCAAAGAGUUGUACCGUCUCCUCCGACAGCCGCACAUGCAGGCUCUUCUCUCGGCUCACGACACCGUGGCCCAGAAGGACUACGAGCCGGUGCUGCCGCCGAUGCCGGAUGAGCUGCCGGACGAUGAGGAGGCCACCCGAAUCGUCUGCCUGGUCAAGAACAAGCAGCCUCUGGGAGCGACCAUAAAGAGAAAUGACAUCACGGGAGAGAUUUUCGUGGCUCGUGUUAUUCACGGAGGACUGGCCGAUCGGAGUGGCCUGCUUCAUGCAGGAGACAGGAUUAUAGAGGUGAAUGGUUUUCCUGUGGACGGAAUGGAGCCUGAGCAAGUUAUCCAAGUUGUGCAAGCUCGGUCACAUGGCACCAUCAUGUUUAAGGUCAUUCCCAUCACAGAGAGGCCGAUCCACAACCAGACCAUGCUCUACGUCCGGGCCAUGACCGACUACAGCCCUCAGCAGGACCCAACCAUCCCCUGCGCCGACGCCGGGAUGAGCUUCAAGAAAGGCGACAUCUUGGAGAUCGUGGACCAGACCGACGCUCUCUGGUGGCAAGCCAAGAAGCUGCCCGGCAGCUCGGCCUGUGCCGGACUCAUCCCUUCCACUAGCCUGCUCAAACGGAAGCAGAGGGAGUUCUGGUGGUCCCAGCCGUACCAACCACACGUCUGCAUGCAAAUCUUGAGCACCGUCGACGAAGAGGAGGAUUUGAUGGCCAUUGAUGAGAGAUGUGUUGAAGCAGACGAGGAGGCAUUUGAAUCUGAGGAGGAUGACUUCAGCAGCAACAUUGAAGGAGUUUACUUGGCGGGGUUCAGGCGCAGCAUCCGUCUGUGUCGGCGGCGUUCCCAGAGCACAACUCAGCCUUCCUCCCACAUCCGCUGUCCCAGCAGCUGCAGCAGCCUCCCAAAUAACCCUUAUGAGGAGGUGGUCCGGUACCAACGCCACCCAGAGGACACGCAUCGCGUCAUUGCCCUCAUAGGUUCAUCUGGUGUGGGUGUGAAUGAACUCCGACGGCGCUUGAUCGAGAUGAGCCCAAACAUCUUCCAGGGAGCUAUACCUCACGCAACAAGAAGUCCAAGAGGGUACGAGGAAUCCGGGAGAGAAUAUUACUUCACCAGCCGAGAGAUUUUUGAUCACAUGAUCUCUAAUAAUCGGUUUCUGGAGUUUGGCGAGUACAAAGGAAACCUUUACGGAACUAGCAUUGAUGCUGUGAAAGACGUUUUAAACAGCGGAAAGAUCUGUGUCGUUGACAUAGAGCCAAACGUUGUUGAGGCAGUGAGGACUCAUGAACUGAGAGCGUACAUUAUCUAUGUGAAGCCCCCGCCUCUGGAGCGCCUCAGGGAGACGAGACAGGACUCGUACAUCACCACUAACUACUACGUCAACCGUCCAUUCAAAGAUGAAGACUUCCACGAGAUGGAGGAGUCCGCCCGGAAGAUCGAGGCUCAGUACUGGCAGUUCUUUGAUCAGGUGAUCGUCAACGAUGAGCUGCAGGACUCCUGUGUCCAGCUGCUGACGGCCGUCAGGAAAGCACAGGAUGAACCACAGUGGGUCCCCGCCUGCUGGAUCCGACCCACGGCCGAAUCAUGAGGGAGAGGGAUUAAAGCACUCUUCGCCGGGAAGAUACAAAUGUUGAAAUGUAAAAUCUUUGCCUGGAUGUUUGAGGGGAAGCAAGCCAGGAAAUAUGUAAAUCCUUUGAUCUGUAUGUAUAUGUGGGGAAAGCUUGUUCUGGUCUUUAAAUCUCUUUAAAUCCCAGAGGAGGACUCAAAGCCCCAAGAAAUCCCAUAAACUGUCACAAUUUCUUUUCUUUUUU